UGAUUUUCAGUGAUUGGCUGACCAGGGCGAUGCUGCUUGCCUAGCGUUUAAUUAUGGAAGUGUCCACGCCAGAGAUAUUGAUACCGGGCCGUAGCUCUUCGCCUACACCCGUUAUUUGUCCUACGGCGGAAGCUGACAGAGGAGAGCUGGUAGUGUGUGCUCUGUGUCUGUCCAGCCCCGGAAAGUACACGUGUCCACGGUGCAAUAGUCCUUACUGCAGUCUCGCCUGUUACAGGGGUCCGAGGCACCAGACAUGUUCGGAAGAUUUCUACAAGGAGUCGGUGCUGCAGAUGCUGCGGGAAGAGCAGGCGGGGGCCAGAGACAAGCGGCAGGUGGAGGAGAUGCUGCUGAAACUGAGAGAAGAAGAGGUUGUCGGAGACGAUAACGUGGGCCUGGAUGGAGUGGGCAGUUUGGGGGAAGAGGAGGCCAGUCUGUGGAACAGUCUCACCCCGAGGGAAAAGAAGGAAUUCCACAGGUUGUUACAGAGUGGGGACAUCGGAGCUCUCGUUACAAAGUGGAAGCCAUGGUGGGAGGUGGAGGACAGAACCAAAAUGAACAAAUCUGUUUCUAUAACCGAACUUCCGGAGGUUUCAGUAAACCGGAAUAAACAUGAAAGCCCUGCAGAACCAGGAAUCUGCCACAAGAAGCCAGAUGGACAUUCUGAAAAUGUAAAUCUAAAAGACCCAGUGAAAGAGAACCAGGGAGCAGCGAGGGAUCCCAAACUGUCAUCUGGUACAACAAGAAAUUCAAAGGGAAAAGACAGCACAGAGUCAAGCAGUGUUCCAGGGGGGCACAAAGAAGAGCACACAGCCGAUCAGCUUCCAGAAAACAAAGAGAAUGGUCCUGGGAUUCAGGAAGACAAUUCUGAACAAAGCAGCGCCUUAAGGGGAUACCCCGAAGCAGACAGGCAGCAAAGACUUUCUAAUGUGCCACCACCUCUAAAAUGGAUCCCAGCUUUGUGUUCGCUAAGUCGAAAUCCUUCUCCCCUAAUACAGUACAGUUUGGUGAAUGUUGUUUAUGGAUAUGCCUUCUCUCUUCUAAGGCAUAAUGGAGAUAUUUGUGAUGAUGACAUGCUGCUGGAUUUCACUGAAACCCUUCUGGGAGUCUCUAGUGCUCUUACUUCAGUUAUUGUGUAUCAUUCAACAGCACAUGGGUUACAGAGCGCAGUUCGUGCUGCCUCUGACCCGCUGUAUGGAGGGUACGAGGGAGGAGCAUGUGCUGCCAUAGAAGCUACGGCUCACAUCCUGCUGGGUGAAAGAAACAAAGAGUAUACACUGGCUGCCCUCGCCGACUUAACUCGAGUACUGGGGAGAGCACGCAAGCUAGUUGCUGAAAAUGAUGAGCUAAGGAGGGCGACCUUUAAUGCCAAGAAGAAGUGUUUGUUCCUAGCAGCAUGGGUGAAUGAGAAUGAGGAGCGAUUGCCCACUUUGUACAAGGAAACUUUGGCAGAACAUCGACAGCAUCUACAAUAUAUUAAUGGGAUGGCAGAGAUAUCAAAGGGGUUGCAAAAGACCUGGGGUGGCAAGAGACCACCAGAAAAAAAGUCCUUAAUACAAGAAAUUUACAAAAAUGGAACAUAAUCUGUUGCAUUUGGAAUACUGAGUACAAAAAAAAUAUAUAUAUAUAUAUAUAUAUUAUUUUUGUAUUAAAUAUAGACCAAAUCAUAAAAUGGCUUACUGUGUCAUAUAAUUAAAAUAUAUAAAUAUAUAAAAUAAGUUGUUUGCAAUUUUUGCUUUACCAGUACAUGGCUAUUCUGAUGAAUGGAACACUAUUUAGCACUAUAAAUAGUAUCUACUACGUCUAUGCAGUCUUCUAUGGUUUGGGAAGAUUAGUUUCCCAAAACAGUUGGGUUAAAAGGGGACCUGUCACCCAGACGUAAAAAGCUGUAUAAUAAAUGUCCUUUUCAAUUGAAA